ACACACACACUGAGUCUGAAUGAGCAGGAGAACAGUCAGACUCACACACGUUUCUCCUGGAGACUGGUGUAACCGUCCACACACACGAGGAUGGCCGUCCCGUCUGUGAUGGUGCUGCCGCUGCUGAUCGUGGUGUUUGCUGGAGUUUACUAUGUCUAUAAUGAGGUGAUGCGCUUCAUGUCCAAGUCUGUGGUGAGGAAUAAAGUGGUGGUGAUCACAGACGCCGUGUCCGGGAUGGGAAGCGAGUGUGCGCGUCUGUUUCACGCUGGCGGGGCGAGGCUGGUUCUGUGUGGGCCGAGCUGGGAUAAACUGGAGUCUCUGUAUGACAGUCUGUGCAGCGGAUCAGACCCCAGUCAGACCUUCACACCGAAGCUGGUCCUGCUGGACUUCAGUGAUAUGGAGAACAUUUCAGACGUGGUGUCGGAGAUCUGCGAGUGUUACGGCUGUGUGGACGUGCUGAUCUGCAACAGCAGCAUGAAGGUGAAAGCGCCGGUGCAGAAUCUCUCUCUGGAGAUGGACAAAACCAUCAUGGACGUCAAUUACUUCGGGCCGAUCACACUGGCCAAAGGCGUCCUGCCGCUGAUGAUCACCAGACGCACCGGUCAGUUUGUGCUGGUCAACAGCAUCCAGGGGAAACUGGCUCUUCCGUUCAGAACCUGCUACGCGGCGUCCAAGCAUGCAGUGCAGGCGUUUUUUGACUGUCUGCGGGCGGAGGUGGAGGAGUUCGGCAUCUCCGUCAGCACCAUCAGCCACACCUUCAUCAAUGCUGGAGCUGAGAACGCCACGCCCACUGAAGCCACUCCCAUAACUGCCACACCCACUAAAGCCACACCCACCAACCCAAUUUGGGCCUACGUCUGCAGUAAGCUGAACACACACGGGGUGAGUCCGCAGAUCCUGGCGCAGGAGAUCGUGCGUUCGGUGAACAGACAGAGCCGAGAGGUGUUUCUGGCCCACCCCGUGCCCACCGUGGCCCUCUACAUCCGCGCUCUGAUGCCCGGAUGCUUCUUCUCUGUGGUGUCGGCCGGCGUGAGGGACGGAGCCAUGGCCGAACAGCUGAAAUAAACACACACACACACACACCAAGAAACAUGAGGCUACUAGCAGUGAAUGAACUCAGUAUAGACUAAUCAUCAUGAUCAUAUCUAGAUAUCAAACUGUCACCAUGAGGAAUAACAUGCAUAUCAACACAAUCAGUUUGUUUCUGGGUUCAGUUUAGACGUAGAGAGUUUAUAAAAUAACUAAUUAUAAUAUUAUUAUUAUUAUUAUAUAGACCAUUUUAGAUGGAUGUAAACAAUAACAAUGGUCCUAAUGCAUUUCCUGUUUUACAUUUUUAAUUUCCGAAGCAUGCGAGAAUUCAAAAAGGUUGACAUAUUAAUAAAUAAUGUUAUGAGAGCUGAUUUAA